UGCAGAGAGAAGAGAUAGAGAGAGAAAGCAAUAAGCUAAUAAUCAUCAAUGGAGGACCAAUUAUUAGCAGAGAAUCUCACAUGUUCAAGAUCAAACCCAAAUGAUCAAAAAGUAGAACCAUCCCACCUGCUAGAAGAUUCAUGGUUCUUCGGCAAUUUACUCGAAACAAAAACAAAAACUAUGAACAGAUGUAUGUCUAAUCCAUCUCCAUCUUCAUCUCCUAUUUCAAACAGCAAACCAUCAUCGCCAAGAACACCACCAUUGGAGAAGAUAAAGAAGAAAUUAAUCAGAAAUCAAGAACGGCCGCGGGAAGAAGAUCCAGAUAAUGAAUUUGCUCUGAGCAGAUUAAUCAGACAAGCUUCUCUCACCUCAUCUGAUGUCUUCCUACCUCCAAAAAACAAGGCGAACAAGAAGAAUCAAAACGCCCCUUCACGGGUUCAAUGCAAGAGUAUUGAAGAGAAAAUACAACAAGUUCAAAAACAAAAGCCAAUUUUAAGAAAAUGCGUAAGCAAUUUAGGGGUGGAAGUUGGAAUAUUUGAUAAGAAGGAUGAUCUUUUUACACAAACUGAUAACAAGCAAAAGAGUAGGAUCACCGCAUGGAAAAAAGGUCAUAUCUCUAAUUUCGAUCAUCAUCCCCAAGUACCAAAUUGGCUUGAUAAGGAGUCGUCGACUGAGGAUGUGAAAGCCCAGAUCAAAUUUUGGGCAAGAUCGGUUGCGGCUAAUGUCCGAUGAGAAAUGGUGUUGAAAAAGAGAGUUUGAUUCCAUUAUUUCUUAACCAAAGGGUAUAGAAAAUUGAUUGAUUAUUGGUUAUUUAUUUGCUGUAUUAAUAAAUAGUGUUGUUACUUUUAACCAUUUCUAUCAAUAAUGCAUUAAAUUUGGCCA